AUGCGCGCAAUUUCGGGAAGUGAUCCUCAAAUGAAAGCUCAGGGAUUGUUCCGAAACAUCAUGGUCGAGCGACUGGGAGAUUCUCUGAAAGGCCAGAAGGCUGCGAAACUGCUCCUCCACGACUUCCCUGUUGGCUGUCGGCGCUUGACCCCUGGUCCUGGAUUUCUGGAAUCUAUCACACAAGAGAAUGUUGAACUACGUUGGGAUGAUAUCGAAAAAAUCACUGAGAAAGGCAUCCAAACACGGUCGGGCCAGGAGAUUGAGUACGAUGUCAUUGUAUGCGCCAUGGGCUUUGAUACUUCUUUCUGCCCAUCAUACCCCCUCAUUGGAAGAAGAGGAGUGAAUCCGGCAAUAAAGUGGACUAAUAAACUCCCUGGAGCUUACUUUGGUCUCACAUCACCAGAUAUGCCACCAGAUAUGCCAAACUACGUUUCCUUUAUAGGACCAAACAGUACCAUUAGCAGUGGAUCACUCGCAACUGCCAUUUACAUCUAUAAGUGGUUUCAGAAGCUUCAAACUGAGGACAUUCAAAGCUUUGAAGUGCGUCAUGAUGCUAAUAAAGAAUACAAUGAGCAUAUGCAUACCUACCUCAAGAGAACCGUCUGGACCGAAGGCUGCCGAAGUUGGUACAAGCGUGGAACAAUUGAUGGUCCCGUUGUAGCUGUCUAUGGCGGUAAUACCUUCCAGUUCAUGGAAGCUAUCAAGAAUGCUCGUUGGGAAGAUUUUAAUAUCGAGAAAACUUUCAAAGCCAAUCGGUUUUCUUAUCUUGGCAAUGGAUUCACCAAGAGAAAAACCUAUGGAGGCACAAUUGGUACUACACAGACACUGGACUUUGAGGAAUACUGGCGUUCAUUUGUGCUACCGGAAAUCCACGAAUAG